AUGGCUCCGUUCAGUGACUCGUUGACUGACAGCUAUUCUUCGCGGAGUCGUGAUUCCUUAACAGUUUACGUAGAUGAGGUCCUCAUCUACAUCUACGGAGGGGUUUGCAGUGCAAAGAUGACAGAUCUUCAAAAGUGUGUCAUAUGUCCCAAGCGGGCCAAGACACUCAAGUUCAUCAUCCCCAACCAGAAGGGUGAAAAGAAGGCCUUCUGUUCCCCCAACUGCAUGCUCUCAUACAAGAGGGCCAACAAAAAGGGCGUGUGUGUGCAUUGUGAUAACCCGAUGGGAGAGGAGAGUGGUGGCAGCAACAUUUGCAAACAGUGUCGGAACAAGUCGUCAGACAGGAGUCAUGUUAAUGGUACCCAAGAAAAAGCUAAAGUGGCAGAUGGAGUCAAGUUUGAAUGUGCUGCAUUUGUGUGGGAUACUUAUCUUCAUGAAGCUCAUAGCAAGCCAGCACCUCCUCGCUUCUUUAAGCAGAGCAUCAAGCCUCUGAAAAAUGAAUUCCGAGCCAAGAUGAAGCUGGAGGCCAGGGAUCCCCGGAACCUAUCAUCAACAUGCAUUGCAACUGUUAUUGGAACAACAGGGCCACGACUUCGACUGCGCUUGGAUGGAGGUGAUGACCGCAAUGACUUCUGGCGCCUUGUCAAUUCCUCUGACAUCCAACCUGUUGGCACCUGUGAAAAAUCAGGCAACAUGCUCCAACCUCCUCUGGGUUUCCAACGUAAUUCAUCCAACUUCCACACUUUCCUGAGUAAGACAUUGAAGGAUGCAGACAUUGCACCUGCAUCCGCCUUCUACCCAGAGCCGUCAGGCCCUGACCGGAAUCUCUUUGAGACUGGGCUGAAGCUGGAAGCUGUGGACAAGAAGAAUCCCCACCUCAUCUGUGUUGCCAGCGUUGGGAAGGUGGAGAACGAUCUGAUAUAUGUGACUUUUGAUGGAUGGAAAGACAAUUAUGGCUACUAUUGUCGCUUUGACAGCCGUGACAUCUUCCCGGUGGGCUGGUGUGAGAGGAAUUCCCAUCCACUCCAGCCUCCAUAUGACAGAUGGGAGCCAUGGAACAAGAGCAAGCGUAUCUUAACCUCUCCAGCACUGAUCCCGGUUUCUCCUGCCUCUGCAUCUAUCUCCAUGCUCAACACUAGCAGUGACACGACCAAUAAUAACAAUAAUGACAACAAUGACACCCUUCCCUUGAGCCCCUCCCCAGUCUCCUCUUUGCGCAAGAGAAGAAAAUCCCCCUCUUCUGCCAUGUCCAACAAACAUUCCUCUAAUGAAGAUGACUCAGAAGUGAAAGUGGAUGUGGUGGUGAGUCAAGAAUGUGGAGUGGGGUCAUACUUGAAUACGGAGAAAGCUCGGAAAGUGUUUCCUCCAGCGAUUGGCCCUGUCUCAAUCAUGGAUGCAUUUGCUUCCAUCAUGCAGUGCCUUGUAGAUGCGGCCAUAGACCAGAAGAGUGUAUUCACAUUUGUGCGUCAGGGAAGCAGCCUCAGCACUGUCACAGCAAAGUUUGGUGGGCGGGUGCAUCGAAUGAACCUGCCACAAGUGGAAACCGAAUCACAGUUCUGGGAGCAGGUGAAUCUGAUCACAGGGGAACUGGGGAUGUGUCCCAAUUUCUUCAGACCCCAGGCUUCUUCAGUGUGUACCCUGUGCAAGGUACACCCCUCCCUGGUUGAUCCCUCUCCCACUCCUGCUCCUGCCCCAUCUCCUAAGACACCUGUUGAACCCACCCCAAAAUCUUCAAGAACAAAUCAUCAUCCUCAGAGGAGAAGCAAGAGGAAACAGGAAGAGAAUUCAACACCUGACAUAGCCGAAGAGGUGAAAGUGACCCGAUUAGACCGAAUUUCCCAUCCUGUCACCACCAAAAUCCUGGUAAAGGCUGAGACAAAAACAUCCUCAGCUCCUCGAGGAGCUGGAGCUGAGGUGGAGGAACGGCUGCCCAAAGAUCCCAGCGAAUGGAGUGUGGGAAACGUGAUGCAACACAUUCAACGUGUGGACCCCUCACUUGGACAGUACAAAGACCUCUUUGCUCAGCACGAGAUUGAUGGUCGGGCCUUCCUCCUUCUCACAUGUGACACAAUGAUGAAGUAUAUGAACUUGAAGCUUGGGCCAGCUAUCAAAAUCGCCAAUAUUGUGGAGCAACUCAACAGGCGACACUGACAGCCCCUUUGCAUCGACUUGGUACCUGAAUUACCCUUUCUUGAGGUUUGGACAAUCACACAACACAGUUUUGUGUUCCUCUCAGCAUACUCAGUGUCCUUGGCCUUUAGGAGAAAUUUUCCUCUUUUUUUUUUGCAAUAUUGCAAAAAAUCU